ACAUCCCUGACGCGGGGGGGUCUAAAACAUGAACAAAUGGCGGGAAAUCUUAAACUUCUUAUAAAUAUACUCUUAAAAAUUACUAAAUGCUAAUAGCAACCCCAUCGCCCCCAAUUUCUAGGGUUUACGAAUUCCCUGAAAUUACCAUAUGAAUUUCUCUGAUAUGUAAGUAUUUCCAUUCAAUUGCAAUGCCGAUUUACACCAUCAGAGGAAUCAGUGUAGAUUUCCCCUACGAUGCCUACGACUCUCAGAUCGUUUAUAUGGAUAAAGUCAUUCAAGCUCUUCAAGAAAAAAACAAUGCAUUAUUGGAAAGUCCCACAGGAACUGGGAAAACAUUGUGUCUUCUGUGUGCUACAUUGGCUUACAGGGCAAGUUUAGGUCCUUUUUCCACUGGUCAAAUACCGAAGAAAAGAAGUUCUUCGGACAAUGACGUCAUUUCAUCGCAGUCUGGUGGCUCUAUGCUGCCGAAAAUUGUUUAUACUUCUCGAACUCAUAGUCAGCUUCGACAGGUUGUUCAGGAAUUGAAGAAAACCAAUUACAGGCCCAAAAUGAUUGUUAUGGGAUCUCGAGAGCAACUUUGUAUUCACGAUAAGGUCAAAUUGCUUCGAGGGAAAGCACAAACCAAUGCAUGCAAUUAUGUUCGGAACAGAAGAAGCAAGCACUACUGUAAGCAUCAUAAGCUUACGACAGAAUUCGUCAAAAGCAACCCUCACAUUGGAGAUGAACCUAUUGACAUUGAAGAUUUGGUCAAAAUUGGGGAAAGCUGUGGACCGUGUCCAUACUAUGUAUCACGUGAGCUGAUCAAAUCUGCAGACAUAUUGUUCGCUCCUUACAAUUAUCUUAUUGAUCGUGCCUUCAAAGAUAAAAUCGGAAUAGAGUGGUUCAGCAGUAUACUGAUAUUUGAUGAAGCUCAUAAUUUGGAAAGCAUUUGUGCAGAUGCAGCCUCAUUUGACUUGCCUAGUACAUUGUUGUCUGCCUGCAUUUCUGAAGCAAAGAACUGCAUUGACAUUUCUAUUAAAAGAAGAGACUUGGAGAAAUCGAGUGAUAAGAGCUCCAAUCCUGACAAUUUUGCUAUACUUAGAGCUCUUUUACUGAAGCUUGAGAAAAGAAUUGCUGAAGUGCCAAUUGAGUCCAAGGAGCUUGGAUUCACUAGACCUGGUCCUUACAUGUAUGAAUUACUUUCUGAUUUGAAUGUCACAAGUGCAACUGCAAGCAUGCUCACAGGAAUCAUUGAGGAAGCUGUUCUUCUUCUUGAAGAAGAUGCCAAUGGUGUGGAAAGUAAAGCGUCGCAUGGAACCUCCUGCAGGUUGGAGAACAUGGGUGAUAUUCUAAAAAUGAUCUUUAGAGAUGGAGACACUUCUCAUGCAAAGUAUUAUCGUGUACAUGUUCAAGAGCGUUUGACGGCUGAUUCUAAUGCUUUUAGAGGUAAGGGGUCUAUGUCUAGGACACUCAGUUGGUGGUGCUUUAAUCCAGGAAUAGGCAUGGACGACUUCUCCAAAAAGUGCGUCGGUUCUAUUAUUUUAACGUCCGGAACAUUAUCUCCAAUGGAUUCAUUUGCAUAUGAAUUAAAGUUGGAAUUUCCUAUACGUUUAGAAAAUCCUCAUGUCAUUUCUUCGAAUCAGAUCUGGGCUGGAGUAGUGCCAGUGGGCCCAUCGGGUUUUUCACUCAACUCAUCUUAUCGUAAUCGUGAUGUUCUGGAAUACAAGCAAGAUCUGGGCAAUGCCAUUGUGAAUUUUGCUCGGAUAGUGCCUGACGGACUGCUUGUAUUCUUUCCAUCAUACUAUGCCAUGGAACAAUGUAUCGAUUGCUGGAAGGACAAUUCUCAUGGAAACAUGUCCAGCAAAAGUACUAUCUGGGAAAGAAUUUGCAAAUUUAAAAAACCUGUGAUUGAACCUAGACAAUCUUCAUUAUUUUCUUCAUCGAUUGAGGAUUUUAUGUCCAAGUUGAAGGAUCCAUCUACAUCUGGUGCAGUAUUUUUUGCUGUUUGUCGUGGCAAGGUCAGUGAAGGGUUGGAUUUUGCUGACCAGUGUGGCCGGGCCGUGGUUAUUACUGGAUUGCCAUUUGCAACUAGGACUGAUCCCAAGGUCCGACUUAAACGUGAAUUUUUGGAUGAGCAUGUACAGGACCAGACUACAGCUCAUAAGUCACUUACUGGAGAUGAGUGGUAUGAUCAACAAGCUUCACGAGCUGUAAAUCAGGCUGUCGGGCGUGUCAUUCGUCAUCGCCAUGAUUAUGGAGCAAUAAUAUUCUGCGAUGAAAGGUUUGCUUCUUCACAUCGUCAAGCCCAGGUUUCUCGUUGGAUACAACCUCAUAUUAAGUGUUAUACUAGAUUUGGAGAUGUUGUGUACUCCUUAACCCGUUUCUUUCGUGCUGGAGAUCAUCAUCCUGUAAAGGCUGAACCAGUAGAAUCUGUUUACAAUGGAGAGGCUUGCUGUGAACGGCUCUCCCAUUCUCAUGACAGUUUCAAUUCAGAGAAGAAAUUCAAUUUUGUGACUGUGGACGAAGACAGAUGCAAUGCUACAAACAUUGCUGAAAAAGGUCGAAGUGAUAGUCUCUUAAGCGAAAUUCUUCCUGCUAAUAGAUCGUCCCUUGCGUGCCAAAAUCAAAUGCAGUCGGUGGCAAUGAAGAAACCAAGUCUGUUAAUUGGGAGCAAAAUCAAGCUGCAACAGUGGGGGACUAGUAGAAUCAAGUGCUCUGAAAAAGUUGAUUUAACAAGUACUAACCGAAAAUCUGAUGCUGAAGUGAUUGUACAUUGUUCUUCUAAGAGAAAGAGAGUUGUUGAUUCAAUGUCUAACAACAAUAUUCCCUGCAAGGUUAGCUCUGGUUUCACAGAAGUUAAAUUGAAAGAAACUUCUUUAAGAAAUGAUUACAUUGAAGAUGACAAAUGUCAAAUUGGUUGGACGAAGAAAAUGAAAAGUCCCAUUGCUAGUUCUUCAGUAGAGGUUGCUUGUAAUAUGACUGGGCAAGCUACAGAUUCGAGCCAGGCAAACCAGGGUACUCUCUCUUUAUCUAAUCAGAAUGAAGAAGCUAAAGGACAUCAUUUUUUAGCCCAGGUCAAGCAGAAGCUUAAUGCAUCAGAGUACAGAGAAUUUGUUGGCUAUAUGAAGGCACUGAAGUCAAAAGCUAUGAAAAUAAGUUUAGUUUUGCAAUCAAUUGCAAAACUCUUUUCUGGACAAGAGCGACUUCCUCUUCUUGAAAGAUUCAAGAAUUUUAUUCCAGACAAGUACCAUUCUUUGUAUGAACAACAUUGUAAACCAGCUGGAGAUAAAUGAUUAAGGAGAUCCUGAGCCAUCAUGAAUGAAAUACCCUAUUCUGACUCCAUUUGAGUUCUGUGCUGGGCAUCUAAUUAGAAGUCCAACUCACCUUCAUGUUUCUCCCAAUAUUGCGCUUGACUCGUUCUAUGUUUUGAAA